GCUGGAAGUCCAGAGGUCCUCUCACUGGUUCCAGGAUGUGCAGUCCACCACAUUGACCCUUACAGACUUCCAGCUGGUAAGAUCGCCUCGCUGAUCGACUUCGAGGCGAUUUGGCAAGGCAUUUGCCUGGUCGAGUGGCCGGAGCGGUUAGGGGAGCAGCUGGUGUCCGAGGAAAGCCCGCCGCGCUUGGAGAUCGCCUUUGAAGGAUUCGGACCCCAGGCAGAGGGAAGGACGGUUCGGCUAUCUGCCGUUGGACCCCGAUGGCGCGAA